AUGUUCGCCGCACUUCCCCCCAUGCAGCAGUUCAAUUUCUCACAGUGCGCUACCGCGCCCGCACGUCCGUCUCCACUCUCACCUCGCAGUUCGCCGGCGCGCCCGAUGGCCUCGCUAUCCUCACCGUUCCACUUCCCCCCAGCUUCAGAAAGUCAACCCAACACACCCGUCACGUCAAGAACAGAGUCCAGGAAUCUAUUCUUCGGGUCUCCGAUCUCCCCUUCGCCUUCAAAGGACGCGGACACGUCCUCCCGCUCCAAGACUUCGCCUACAUAUGCUCAGCGCUAUGCAAGCACGAUAUCUAAUCCGUUGAAUAACGCGUCCAGAAACGGCACCGCUUCUUCGUCGCCGUCGGCGCGAGAAGCGAGACGCAAUGUUUUCUUGAAUCGGAUCAAGCAAGGGCGCGACGAUGCACGUUUUGCUAAUAGGGGCGAGCAGCUGGUGUUGAUGGAACAUGUGGCGGAGCAGAAGAAGUGGGGUGAGUCGAUGCGGAGGAGGACGGAUGGCAUUCUGCAGGGAUACUUGAGGGAUCUAGAAGAGGGUGUUGAUGAUGUGCUUGGUAGGCUUUCUUCUAUGCUUGCCCUCUCCAAGAACCUUGUUGGUGGGAUCAUGACUAACCUGAUCGUUUUCUUAGACGAGGCGGAUAUCCAGGCUCUGGAUGAGUAUCUGUCGCAGGAGCAGGCAAUGGAGAUGGAGUUGCUUGAGAAUGUGGAUAUGCAGACGCCCUCUGGACAAGAUAAUGGCGGUGCAUGGAAAGAUCCAGGUUCAUCGUUUAGUGAUGAGGAGUACGAGGACAUAUUCAUGGAUUUAGCCGAUCAGACAGCACUGAGUCAAGAUAUGGAUAUGUCGGGGUGA